AGAGAGGGAAACAGAGGAUCCCUGGAAGCUUCAGGAUUGAUUUAAGUCAGCUAUCAUGCUAUUAAACGGCCUUAGCUAAAGCUAAACAGAGAAAACGACACUGUACGCAGCUUGUGCUCAGGUUGAUGAUGACACUGGUCGAAGUGUCGCUUUAAACACACGUUAAAAACAUCGUUUCGGGACUAACAAAUAUGAUGGAGGAUUUCUCUGGCUUGGCUCUACCUCCUCUGUUCGGAGGUCACAUCCUGGAAGCAGAACUGGAGCCUGGUGGUGUGGAGCUGGGACCGGGAGAGGUGGAGCUGGGUCCAGGAGGCACCGAGCUGCUUGAGAGCACAACACAAGAAGAUGAAGAAAAAAGAGCUCUUGACAAAAGGAAAUAUCUGGCUCUGAGCAGGAAAUGUAAAGAAAUUGAACAGGUAAAUCAGAAGAUCCUGGGUCGCCUUCACCAAGUGCAAAGAAUUACUCGACGUCUGAAGAAAGAAAGGAGAUUCCUCAUGAAGACCUUAGAUGCUCACGGGGAUGACUACAGAAACGCUCAGCUCACUAUACUGCUUGAGGAUGAAUCUGGAGCCCAUUUGGAGCCGGCUGCUGCAACGGAGGAUGAAAAACUCAACGGUGUUUCCGGUUCCACUCCAUCUGCAGCAUCACAUCAUGUGGCUGGGACAAAGAAAAAGAGGCAUCGAAUUCCUCGUCAAGAAAAGGAUAAAGAGCCACAGAUCGACCCGGAGAUGUCGGCGUUGGCAGAGACACAGUUUGGAGAAAUGUCCAGCCCGACCUCGCUGUCUCAUUGAUCAAACCGCUGUCCUGGAUAUCACGACGAUGGUGACUAGAAUAAGAACGCCCAGUUUCCAGGACUGUUUAAAACACUGCCUUACUUGAGUCGAUCUUUGUAAUGUUGUGGUUUCACUUGAAUAUUGUGAACAGAUUGAGUUCAUGUAACACGAGAUGUUAUUCACCUUAUAUAUGUGUAUAUUUGUUUUGUAUAUACGAGGUUAUGUUUUUAUAGUUGACAGUUGAUGGCAACAUAUUUAUGACAUAUUAGAUAAAUACGACAGGGUAUUACUAUCAUUACUUGAGUUAUGAUUUUAUCUGAGUAAGCAGAUGGACUCGUCGUCAUAUUAAACUUUUACACUGU